AUUUUUGUUGAUUUAAAGAUUCCAACCUAACAAACUAUUUUUAAAUAAAAAUCUAAAAAUGUUUAAAAAAAUAGGAAAAUUCGCUUUAGUCGGCUCCGUAGGCGUAAGUUGUUUCAUAGCAGGGACCUAUUACGAUAAUUUUAAACCUUUCGAGACUGAAACCAUUAAAAAACUACCCGGUUUACCGUUUUUUGGAACCGUAUCAGCUGCCACAAGUUUUCCUCCACCACCAAUAGAAAGUAAAGCAAACAGAGUCUCACAAAUUAUGAAAUAUGGAUUUCCUGGCUAUGACAAUAUACGUUCUUUCGACGAUUAUGUUUUAAGUUAUGAUCAUAGAACUAAAGUUGCCCAUUGGGUCUUUGAACACCUAACAAGUGAAAGUGUUAAGCGUAAUGAGACAGUGGAUAGAGCAAAGUGCGAAUUUAAGCCGGAUGAAAGUAUACACACUUACUUUAGGUCCAAUAAUAGUGAUUAUAAAGGAUCGGGAUAUGACAGGGGGCACAUGGCUGCAGCAGGUAACCAUAAACGUGAUCAAAAACAUGUUGAACAGACUUUUUACUUGACCAAUAUGGCACCUCAGGUUGGAAGAGGUUUUAAUAGAGAUUCCUGGAAUAGAUUGGAAAAAUAUGUUAGAAAAUUGACAAAAGCUUAUGUAAAUGUAUACUGCUGUACAGGACCCCUAUUUUUACCUAGAAAGGAGUCUGAUGGCAAAAAAUAUAUUACUUACGAAGUAAUUGGCGCAAAUAAUGUUGCUGUUCCAACACACUUUUAUAAGGUGGUAGUAGGGGAAACCCAAGAUGGAAAAUUAGAAAUGGAGGCUUAUGUAAUGCCAAAUCAAGUGAUAGAUGAUAAUGUUCCCUUAAGCAGUUUUCAAGUUCCUCCAGAAAGCAUAGAAAAAGCUGCAGGUUUACUUUUCUUUGAUGUUGCAAGGAAUAAAAUUAGUAAAAUAAAUGGAAAGAAAAACUAAUUUGUCUCCUUUUUAGAAAAAUAAUAUUUGUAUUUCAUACAAACUUUUAGUUUAAUUAUAUUUAUUUGUUGUUUUUAAAUGUUGAUUUGUCUGGUUUUUAACAAAAUAAUAUUUGUUUACAUACAAACUUAA